AUGGGGCGGCGGGCGGGCUGCUCGGUUCCGCUCUGCCUCCUCUUGCUCCUGCUCCAGUGCGGGCAGCGGCUGUGCCAGCGGGCAGCGUCGUGCCAGCCCGGCUUCGCCGCCGAGACCUUCUCCCUGACGGUGCCGCGGGACAGCGUGGCGGCGGGACGGGCCCUGGGCCGGGUGAGCUUUGUGGACUGUGGCGAGUCGCGCCGUGCCGCCUUCCUCCCGGAUGAUACGCGCUUCAAGGUGAGCAGGGAUGGCAUCGUCACUGCCACCCGGCCCCUGCAGCUCCAGCAGCGGGACAUCACCUUUGCUGUGCACACCUGGGACACCGUGGGCAAGAGGCAUUCAGCCAAGGUGACGCUGCGCCCCCGGCGGCACCAGCACCGACACCACGAGCGGAUGCAGCAGGGCACAGUGCCAGACGUGCUGAUAUUCCCGGAGCAUGGACACGGCCCCCGGCGGCAGAAGAGAGACUGGGUCAUCCCCCCCAUCAACUGCCCUGAGAACGAGCGGGGGCCCUUCCCCAAGAAGCUGGUGCAGAUCAAAUCCAACAAGGACAAGGAGACCAAGGUUUUCUACAGCAUCACGGGGCAGGGGGCGGACACCAUCCCCGUGGGUGUGUUCAUCAUCGAGCGGGAGACGGGGUGGCUGGAGGUGACAAAACCCCUGGACCGCGAGGAGAAGGACAAAUACCAGCUCUUCUCCCACGCCGUGUCGGCCAACGGGCAGCCCGUGGAAGACCCCAUGGAGAUCAUCAUCACCGUCACUGACCAGAACGACAACCGGCCCGUCUUCACCCAGCAGGUCUUUGUUGGCUACAUUGAGGAGAACGCAAAGCCGGGCACAUCUGUGAUGACCGUGAACGCUACGGAUGCAGAUGAUGCGAUCAAUGUGAACAACGGCAUCAUCGGCUACUCCAUCCUCAGCGAGGAGCCCAAGGGUGCACAGGACAUGUUCACCAUCAACGCCGCCAAUGGCAUCAUCAGUGUCAUUGGCACGGGACUGGACCGGGAGACCACUCCCAACUACACGCUGAUCAUCCAGGCUGCAGACCAGGAAGGCUUUGGCCUGACCAACACUGCCACUGCCAUCAUCAAAGUCACCGAUGCCAACGACAACCCUCCCGUGUUCGACCCCGCCACGUAUGAGUCGUCAGUGAACGAGAACGAGGUGGGGGUGAUGGUGGCCCGGCUGCAUGUGACAGACCAGGACCUGCCCGGCUCCCCGGCCUGGAACGCCGUCUACCGCAUCCGCAGCGGGGACCCGCAGGGCGACUUCGAGAUCACCACCGACCCCAAAACCAACGACGGGCUCCUGAAAACUGCCAAGGGCCUGGAUUAUGAGUCCCAGAACCGGUACAAGCUCGUGGUGUCAGUGGAGAACCAGGUCCCCUUCACCGUGGACCUGAAUCCUGCCACAGCCAAUGUCCUGGUGGUGGUCAGGGACGUGAAUGAAGCCCCGAUCUUCAUACCCCCAGUCAAGCAGGUGGAGGUGAGCGAGGAUGUGCCAGUGGGGUACCAGAUCACCUCCUACACAGCGCAGGACCCCGACAAGGACCAGAGGCAGAAAAUCACGUAUCGCAUGGGCAGUGACCCCGCAGGGUGGCUGGAAAUUGACCCUGAGAACGGCAUCAUCACGGCAGCCCAGGCCCUGGACCGGGAGUCGGCACAUGCCAUCAACAGCACCUACAAGGCCAUCAUCCUGGCCGUGGACAACGGGUCACCAAACUAUGCCACCGGCACGGGGACGCUGCUCCUCGUGCUUGGGGAUGUGAAUGACAACGGGCCCGUGCCGGAGCCCCGGAGCUUCGACAUCUGCAACCGGCAGCCCGAGGAGCAGAUCCUGAAGAUCAUCGACAAGGACCUGCCCCCCAACACCCACCCCUUCAAGGCAGAGCUGAUGCACGGCUCUGGCAGCAACUGGACUGCCAGCGUGGUGCAACCAGACGAGGUGAAGCUGAGCAUGAAGAAGGAGCUGGAGCCGGGCGAGUACAGCAUCUUCCUGAAGCUGCUGGACGCACAGGGCAAGGAUCAGAUCACAGCUGUGCGAGCCCAGGUGUGCAGCUGCGAGGGGCCAGCCAAGAACUGCGAGCGCCGAGCCUACAUCUCCGGUGGCAUGGGCGUGCCCGCCAUCCUGGGCAUCCUGGGGGGCAUCCUGGCGCUGCUCAUCCUCCUGCUGCUGCUGCUGCUCUUCGUGAGGAGGAGGAAGGUGGAGAAGGAACCGCUGCUGCCACCCGAGGAUGACAUGAGGGACAACGUGUACCACUAUGACGAGGAGGGCGGUGGCGAGGAGGACCAGGACUACGACCUGAGCCAGCUGCACCGGGGGCUGGAUGCACGGCCCGAGGUGAUCCGCAAUGACGUGGCCCCCCCAUUGAUGGCGGCCCCCCAAUACCGGCCCCGGCCCGCCAACCCCGACGAGAUCGGCAACUUCAUCGACGAGAACCUGAAGGCGGCCGACACGGACCCCACGGCCCCCCCCUACGACUCGCUGCUGGUGUUCGACUACGAGGGCAGCGGCUCGGAGGCCACCUCGCUCAGCUCCCUCAACUCCUCCGCCUCCGACGGCGACCAGGACUACGACUACCUCAACGACUGGGGCGGCCGCUUCCGCAAGCUGGCCGAGCUCUACGGCGGCGGCGAGGAGGACGAGUAA